GGUUUGGGUUUUUUCCCCACCCCUGCAACCUGAAACACAUUGAAACACAUUGAAACACCCAACGCUGCCGCUUUGCUGUGCUAAACUUUGGUCUCUGUGGUUGCCUUUUUCCGUCAUUUCACAUUAUUCUUCUUCUUAAAAUCCUUUCAUCUCCUAUCCCUCUUGCCCGUUUCAGCUCUAGCUCUCAUUUAACAUCCCUCUCUCUCUCUCUGUUACUUGUAGUUUUUUCAAGCAGGAUCUAACCUGUCUGCAGGGUUUAAAGCAGAGGUUGGUUUGUCAGAUUCUCAAGUUUCUUUCUUCAGAUUUACUCUAUGAUGAAGUGAGACACCUCCAACAUUAAACAAAGAGAGAAGCUUGCAACUUUCGCAAGAUGGAGACAGUGAAACCAAGGGUUGUUGCUCCCAAGGGUAAAUUCAGACGCGCGUUUGCUAAAGUUCUCAACAUUCAUAAGUUAACCGGUGUUGCUCCAGAGGAAGAUGUGAAGAAGUUAAAGUUGGAUUCCAAGAAUGCCAAUAUCUCUGAGUCUUUCUACAAGCUUGAGGAAGAGUAUGAGAGACGUCUAUCCUUAGAAGCUCUUCUUGCGAAGCUGUUUGCUACUGUUUCUACAAUAAAAGCGGGUUAUGCGCAGCUACAGCACUCUCAGUCUCCGUACGACGCAAUAGGGAUUCAGAAAGCAGACAACUUGGUGGUCUCCGAGCUGAAGACUUUGUCUGAGCUGAAACAAUGUUUCUCGACGAAACAGAUGGAUCCAAACCCCGAAAGAACUCUGGUUCUCGCAGAGAUUCAAGAGCUGAGGAGUUUACUGAAAACGUAUGAGAUAAUGGGGAGGAAGCUUGAGUCUCAGUGUAAGCUCAAAGACUCAGAGAUUCUGUUUCUAAGAGAGAAGCUCGAAGAAACUACAAAACAGAACAAGUUAACAGAGAAGAGACUUAACCAAAGCGGACAGCUCUGCAACCCUUUAGACAAUCUUCACCUCUCUGCGCUGAAUCAGACCCACUUCGUCGCUUAUCUGAACCAAACAGUCAAAUCCAUCAGAGGGUUCGUCAAGCUAAUGGUCCAACAGAUGAAACUCGCGGGAUGGGAUCUUUCAAUGGCUGCUAACUCGAUCCAGCCCGGCGUGUUUUAUUACAAGCAAGACCACAAGUGUUUCGCGUUCGAACACUUUGUCUCCAACGUAAUGUUCGAAGCUUUCCAUCUACCACACUUCUCAACCGAUUCAAGAAGCUUCAAGAAACAGAGCAAAACAGAGAGGGAAGCGUUCUUUGAGAGGUUUACAGAGCUCAGGUCGAUGAAAGCUAGAGAUUACUUAAACGCACGGCCAAAAUCAAGAUUCGCUAGGUUCUGCAGAGCCAAGUUCUUGCGGCUUAUACAUCCGAAGAUGGAGGAAGCUUUCUUCGGACACACGCAUUUGAGAAACCAGGUCUCUGCUGGUGUGUUCCCGGAGACAAGCUUGUGCUCUGGGUUUCUUGAAAUGGCGAAACGGGUUUGGCUUCUGCAUUGCUUGGCUCUCUCUUUUGAGCAUGAAGCUGAGAUCUUUAGAGUGCACAGAGGUUGUAGAUUCUCCGAAGUGUACAUGAAAAGCGUUGCGGAGGAAGCGUUGGAGGAAACAGAGCAGCCACGUGUCGCGUUCACGGUGGUUCCGGGGUUUAGGGUCGGGAACAGUUUGAUACAGUGCGAGGUUUAUCUCUCGGGUUCGUGAUAGCCGUCCGAUCAAAGAUCUGAAAAUGGACGGUGGUGAGUCCUUAAGGACGUUUUGGUAAUUUACGAAGUUGUGGGGUUGAUUCUUGGAGAAUGGGAAGUAGUGUGGUGUUUUGCUAAUGUUUUUCUCUGGCUUUUGAGUUUUGUCGAUAUUGGUGCAGAGAAAAUCAGAGGCAUCUCUAGCUGUUGUCCAUUGAAUAUUUAUCUCCUUUUUUCUAUAUAAUAUGUAAAUAUUUUAUGAUUUGCGAUAUGUACUAAUAAUAUAGGUAGUGAAAAAUAUUAUAAAUAAAUGCCAAGGAGCGUAAUAUUGGGAU